AUGUUGGAAGAAGAGUAUUACACAUCAGUUGCCGUUGUUAUAAUUAUAAUGUCAUGCUUAUCUAUUUUAGGUGGAUUAAUAGUAGUUUUAACUUAUGUUAUGCUAAAAUAGCUCAGAAAUUUUGCUUUGAAGAUGGUGGUAUAUUUAUGUUUAAGCGAUAUACUCUCUAACGUUGCAAUGCUUUUAAUACCACCAAAUAUAUUGCAUUCUAAAAUUGGAGAAUAUGAACAUUCACCUAUUUGCACAGCUUAAUCAUUGCUAUAAUCAUGGGGUGAUUUAUCAUCAAUUAUUUGGUCAGGAUUGAUUUCUGUAGUUAUUUUUUUGACAGUGGUAAAAAGAGUGCAAGUAGAUACCCUCAGAAAAAAGGAGUACAUCUUCCUUAUAAUUGGAUUCCUUUUACCUCUUUUAGUUUCAUCAAUACCUUUUAUAAAUGAUACAUAUGGAGAGGACACAUAUUAUUGCUGGGUCAAAAGCAGUGCUAAAAAUUCUUUAGUUUUUAAAAUAUUAAUUAAUUAUGCUCCUUUGUGGCUGACUUUUUUGGUUAUCACAAUAUUAAAUUGUUUUACAACACAAACAAUUAAAAAUAUGGAAAAUGUUCCUGUGAUUUAGCAAAAAAGCAUGAAAAAAAUGCUUCUUUAUCCAUAUAUUCUGAUCAUAACAAGCUUUUGGGCAUCAGUUGUUGCAAUUAUGGAAUUUUCAAAUUAAGAAAUACCUGAAUUUAUUUAAAUAUUACACCACCUAUUCGCAAGAAGUUUAGGUAUAUUAAAUGCUUGCAUUUAUGGAUUAACACCUGUUGUUAGGUCAAAAUUGAGAAAUUCCCUUUCUGUCAGUUCCUUAGUUAAGUCAGAAAAGAAAAAUAAUAUUAUACAAAAGAACUUUAAAGAUGAAUAAAUACAUUCUGAAGGAGAUGAUAAUAACUCAUACUAAGGACAUGAUGAUUAGAUAAAUGAUAAUUUUAGCGACUCUAGCGAUGAUAUAUAUAACUUUAAAAAUGAUGUAGCCAUAAAUAAUGGCUCUUUUAAUGAAAGCAAUUUUCUAAAAACUGAAAACAAGAAAGAAAAACUUCAUGAAAUCUUGCUUUGA